CUCAUUCUCGGAUUUAUCGAAGCGGUGUUCGGCGUUUUCCAGCACUUUCGGAAGCUUUUGCGAUAAAUUUGGAUGUGACUUUUAAUCUUGGCCUUAGACAGUAUUUCCUAUUCUGUUUUUAAUAUUUUCUUGAAUUUCUUCAUAUUCUUCGAAACCAUGAGCAAAUGGUUGGUGGAUACUUCUAAAAAUCUGAGCAAUGAUUCCAGCUUUACGGACUGCGUUAUUAUUGUCGGCGCCACAACAUUCAAGUGCCACAAACUUAUACUGUCGUAUGCGUCCGAGUUUUUCAAGCGCAUGUUUCUGGGCGAUUUCAAGGAAGCGCUGUCCGGCCGCAUAUACUUGGAGGACAUAUCACCGACCACCUUCAAGAUAUUCCGCGACUAUAUAUACACAUAUGAUAAGAAUAAUCUGAACGAGUGCACCACGCAAACCAUAACCGAUUUGUUCGUGUGCGGAAAUCGUUGGCUGGUGCCAUCCAUAAUUGAGGACUGUCUGAACAUAUUGAUCGAACGGGCCAAGUCCAUGAAGGUGGAGGAUUUGAUUGAUCUAUUCGAACUGGGCCACAGUUUCGAUAGCAAGAGCCUUAUUAAAGAGGUGUCUGCUGUCCUGACCUCUAAGCAUUAUAAGUAUCUAUUUUGCGACAAAGUUCUGCAAUUGAGCUAUCAUGCGUUCUCCGAAUAUAUUUCCGUAACCGCCAAAUUGAAAACGGAAAUCGAACGUUAUAAGAUGAUCGCCAAGUAUUUGGAAUUGAAUGGAUUCCUGGACGAGUCCACAAUGGGAAAAGAAACAGUCGAUUGCAGCAUUAAACAGAAAAGUGGAGAUUUCGAAAAUAAUAAUACAAAUCUAAAAAAAGACGAAACAAAUGAGGAGCAAAUGGAAAUCAUUGAUGCGGAAUCUGAGAAACCAGACUGCCAAAGGCAUAACGAGACAUAUGUUCAGGGCCUGCUUGGCUCUAUCAAUUACACAAAAAUGUCUGGCGACGAGUUCUACGAGGGUCCUGGCAAAUCAAAGUUCCUGACACAAGAAGCUAAAUACGAAAUAUUGUACAAAAUUCAGAGUCGUCGUAUAAGUCGCUUAAACGUUCUAUUAAAUCAAUAUCGAGCAAUGUGAACGAAAAAUAUCAAUAAAUAACAAUAAAUCCAUCUUCUUUUGUUUAACUGCGAAAAUCCAACUGCGCUUUAAAACUAAAAUUAUGUUAGUUAGAGAUUAAAUAGAUUAUAUUAAAGGAUAUUAACACGCACUGAUCUUCGGGAAUAAAACGACCAAAAAUUGACA